CUCAUCAAGCGCAGUUUUGAUGCGAUUCUCUUGAUCAACGUAUGUUAUUUGUGCGUUUGUUUAUGUGUCAGUCCCAGAUUCCAAGACGAUAAACCCAGAUUUGGAUACAGUUUCAUAGAAAGUAUUAACUGCAUAGAAGAUGAAGACCCAAAUCAUCUUCGUUGCCCUGGUCUUGGUUUUGGGAUACGGCGAUGCCUACUCCAAAUAUGGAAGAUCCUGUACGGAUAUCGGUUGCAGGAGCAACGAGGAAUGCGUCAUGGCUGAAGAUCCUUGCUACAGUCGCGAUCAACCAUGCGGGAUGUAUCCUACUUGUCGUAAAUUGAGUAACAGCGUUUCGAGUUGCCAGACUUUCGUGUGUCCAUCGACUACCGUCUGCAUUGACGAUGGAGGUACACCAAAAUGCGUGGACGACAAAUCACCGGCCGCGGCAAACGCGGGUAAUUCGAAGGAAAGCCUCGCCCCUAGUGCUCCGCUCUAUCCCCAAAUACCGCCGAGGGGUCAAACGACAAGCAGACCGCACGUAAACCGUGGUGGAGCACCAGGAGGGAACGGGUAUCAAGGAGGAUCCAUUGGAUCCGGUUACCCUGGACAAUCUAACGGCGGAUACCCAGGACAAACCAACUCUGGUUACCCAGGACAACCUAGCAACGGAUACUCAGGACAACCUUACUCUGGUUAUCCAGGACAACCUAACACAGGUUACCCAGGACAACCUAACACCGGUUACCCAGGACAAUCUAACCCCGGGUAUGCAGGACAACCGAACUCUGGUUACCCGGGUCAAUCCAAUUACCCAAGUUAUCCUUCCAAUAACGGAUACAUGGGCAACAACGGCUACAACGGCAACAACGGAUACAAUCCUUAUGGAAGCAACCCUUACGGAACGAGACCGUUCGGAAGUGGAGCGUCGAGCACCACCUCGAAUCCGCUGUACGACAACAUCAAAGGCACUCUGAAGACAAUAGGGCUAUUCUGCUUUGUCGUGCAUGCACUUGUUGCCAGAAUUAAUGGAUACUAAAAUUAUUCAAUUAAUACAUUUUUAUUAUAUAUUAUAUAAACAAAUUGUAA